AUGAAGACAACAAUCGUCAUCCUCGUCACCAUUUUCACCACGCUUGUCUCCGCCGUAGAUGAACGCAAACCCACCGGCACAAUAACCAUCGGCCUCCCCCUCCCGAAGCCCAGCAAACCACCCGCCGCCCCGCCGCCCACGGAUCCUGACUCGACGCCUGGCCACUUCUACGCCUGCACCAACGUCGAUCUCAUGGGCACGUGUCAAAAGUUCGAAGACACGACCAAAACAUGUCACAAUUUCCCCGCGGACCAGAUAGACACCAGACGUGCUAUUUCUACGACAAGGCGGAUUGCGGGGGCGAAAUGGAUGAGCUGA